UUUCGCAGUCGGGGCUGCCAAAAGCGCUGCCCCGGAGCCACCAGCAGCGCGUUUGGGACACCACACAAUGCCGCGCCCGGCCAGCGCCGGCCGCGUCACCAUCGAAGAGGCGCAAAGACCAAGAGUAAGGCCGACGGACAGAGUCACAAGGACAAGACGCCUGAAGCAGCGGCGCCAGUCGCCCAUCGGUCUGAGCCUCGAGCAGGUCGAAGAUUUGGAGUUGCUCGAUGCCGCCGGCAAGAAGGCCGAUCAACUGAUCGAAGAAGCAUUGAUCGAUGCGGACGAGUCCGAGCCCGCGGACGGCGCGACGGCCGACCCCCAGCCCGUCUCGAAGCCGCUGCGAGAUAGGCGACGGGAGCUCGACACCUACACGCGUCGGAAGCGCUUGGAUGGGAGGAGCGCGCCUCAAUUCCCGCCCCGGACCCGAAUCCAGGAGCUGGCGCAGUCGCGGCGUUUGCAAAGGCCGCGCACGGCGACGUUGCAACGGCGUCCGAAGCCUUCAGCGACGAGGCCGCUCUCGGCCCAGGCCAAGGUUUCGGUAGGCUGGGUGCGGCCGGAGCGCGACGACGAGGCGGCUUUAGGUAUUGUCGAGGACGAUAACGAGGACGGCUUCGAGGAGGCGAUCCACGCCUGGACGGGAGGUUUUACUAUGAAAGCAUCACGUGGCGGCGUCGUGGCGCUGACGCAGCGGCCUACAUCAAGGCGAGAACCGACGGUCGACACGCGCGUGUCGCAACUGGUCAGGGAGCUGCGCGCGCGGUUACUGUCGAAGCGGGGCGGGCGGCCCGUCUCGCAACUCUUCCGCCUCUUUGAUAGGCGAGUGAGACGGAAGGCCGACCCUAGGGACGUCUACGAGGGGCUCCGGUCACUGGGCAUCGCGGCGACUUUAGGUGAUGCGCAGGGGCUCGUCAAAGCAAUAGCGCGAGGAAAGGAGCUACGGUGCUCUGAUUUGGCAGUGUUCCUCGACGAUCCGGACUUCGCGUCUUUAGAAGAUACGGUCUGCGCGGGCGCGGCCUCGAGAUUACUGCCGCCGCCUCCUGUUACAUCCUACGCGCAGUGCGAUCCUACCAAUCACGCCGUUCACCAACUGCGCGACCUGUUUGGCGACAGCUUCGUUACGAGGCGGGCCUUUUCCGACGGACUGCGCCAUUUGCAACUCGACCGCGUCGCGCCGGACGUCGUCCAGCGCCUGACGACGGCCUACGAUCUCAAUGGAGACGGCCGCGUCCACGCGCGAGCCUUCGUCAAGAGGAUUACAAAGUCCGGAGCCUGGAAACGCGCCGCGAAGGCGAGAAAACGAGUACUACAAGUCGCGCGCGAGGCCGAGGAGGCGUACGACCAGGUCGACGAGGAGGGCUACUGGCCGAAUGAAUUGGACGAAGAAUUGGUCGAGGCCUGCCGCGGUUUGGGUUUGAGAUGUUUGACAGAUACCCACGCCUUAUGGGUGGCGAGGCGCGCGUUACAGAGUGACCUGCCGCCGAAUUGGGUGCGGUCGCACGCGAAGGACGGGAGGCCCUUCUUCCACGACCUCGUUUCUAACAAUUCGACGUGGGACCGGCCCUUCGCGCCCGAGUUCGUGAGUCUCGCGCGGGACGCUUGUCGUCGUCGGCGGCGCGUCGUCGACGACGACGAGGACGCGCUCGUCGUCGAGGACGAUUCUGAGGAGGAGGAGGAGGAGGAGCCCGAGCGUAUCUCCAGACCCAAGUCCGCCGACGCCGUGCGGCGGGCGCGCGUCGUCGUCUCACCUGAGGUCCUCCAGGAGGCGCCGCCGGCGCGCGUGCCGCGGCCGGCGUCGGCGCCGCCGAGGCGCCUCGGCCCGUCCCCGACGCCGUUCCUGACGCCCGAGAAGAGCGCCUCCGAGUCGGAGAGCGACGCCGAAGAUGCGUCGGACGACGCCGAAGAAGAGGCGUCUGCCGAGGGCGCUCCGGACGCGGAGGAGGAGCCCGAGCCCGAGCCGGUGCCCGCGACGCCGCCGCGGAAAAGGCCGUCGACGAAGGUGGCGCAGAUCCUCGCGGACCUCCAGGCGCGCGUGCGGCUGCUCGAGACGACGACGGGCCGCCGCGCGCCCGAGCCCUGGACGCCCGACGGCGUCCGCGGCGUCGCGCGCCUCGCGCGGGGCACGCCGCAGCGGACGCCGUCGCGGACCGGGCCGCGGGCCCGGAAGUCGCCGCUGCCGGGCGGCCACACGGGUCCGCGGCCGCGGAGCGCUGGGCCGCGGUCCCGCGCCGAGCUGUCGCGCCCGACGAGUGGCGGCGUGGUCGUGUUCAUACAGUAAACUUAUUUAUUU